CGAUAACUAAGUACUUCACAGCUUGAUCAAAAAUUGACAAUCUAGGGUCCAUCGCACCACACCUACAUCCAUCCGUUCACUAAUGGCAGAACAAACACAACCCAAGAAGCCCAACACCGCUGCCAAGCCGCGAAAGCGUUUCGUCGGCUCAAAAUCUGCAGCACCAUCCAAAUCUGGUUCGUCAGCAGCAAUCGCCAAUCAAAUACCCGAUGAGAUAUUGUCGGAUGCUUUGCUGAACCAGGCGAUUAAGCAGCUUCCUGCAAAUUACUCCUUCGAAAUCCAUAAAACAGUGCACCAUGUCCGCAAGAACAAAGCAAAGAUGGUCGCCUUGCAGAUGCCCGAGGGCCUGCAGAUGUUUGCUUGUACAAUAGCGGACAUAAUCGAGCGUUUCACCGACGCGCUGACUGUAAUCAUGGGCGAUGUCACUUACGGUGCAUGCUGCGUGGACGAUUACACUGCAGUCGCAUUGGGAUGCGACAUGCUAGUCCAUUAUGGUCACAGCUGUCUUGUGCCCAUCGAUCAAACCACAAUCAAGACCCUGUAUAUCUUUGUCGAAAUCGGAAUCGACUCGUCUCACUUAACAGAGACGAUACGAUUAAAUUUCCCGAACGAUCGACAGACAUUUCACAAACAAUUACUCGAACAUGAAGAAGACAAUGCACGGAUACCUGCUGGUCAGAAAGUUGGCAAGACUCGCCAUCUCCAAAUCGAAGGUCCUUCGAGUGAAGGAGAACUCGAAGCUCCAGCUCCCGCCGAACCGACAAGGUUUGCGUUGGUCUCGACAAUACAAUUUGUAGCAGCUCUACAGAGGUUGAAGGAAGAUCUGACGUCGCCGUAUUCUGAUGCCGGAAUGUCAUCUAAUGGACUGCUGCACAGUGCAGAAUCAGAGUCAUCAGCAGGAAAUGUCUCCAAGUCAUCAUCUGGUCAUCGCCUUUGGACUGGCGUCUACGAUGCUACAAUACCAAGAUCUAAACCAUUGUCUCCUGGUGAAAUAUUAGGGUGCACUGCUCCCCUACUUGGUGACAUAGACGCCCUGAUAUAUCUUGGAGACGGUCGAUUUCACUUAGAGUCAAUUAUGAUCGCGAAUCCCUCAGUACCUGCUUUUCGAUACGACCCCUACUCCAAGAAAAUCACGAGAGAGCUUUACAACCAUGAGGAAAUGCGGACGAUUCGAGAUGACGCAGUUCAAACGGCGCGUAAAAGCAUCACAGCUUUCCCUAGAACAUCCUCUUCACAGGGGAUCCUUGCCCCAACUGAUGAAAAUCCGAUAUGGGGCAUCAUUCUCGGCACUUUGGGGCGCCAGGGCAGUUUCAAGCAGAUGCAGGCGAUCACCCACCAACUCUCUAGCUCAAAUACAGAUAUUCCUUAUAUCCCUAUCCUGCUUUCUGAACUCUCGCCGGCAAAGCUUGCACUGUUUAACCCAUAUAUAUCGACGUUCAUUCAAACGGCGUGUCCACGGUUGUCGAUAGACUGGGGGUACGCUUUUGACAAACCGCUCCUCAGCCCAUAUGAAACAGCAGUUGCGGUAGGGCAAGCAAAAGGGUGGAUGAAUGAGGAGAAAGAGGGACGUGAAAGGGCUAGAGGUGGAAGAUAUCCUAUGGAUUUCUACGAAGCAGGCAGUCCGUGGGCUGUUGCUAGGACGAAGUCUUCAUAUCUUUAAUUCAAGCACGAGUCUCGGUAAAGAAUGACGACACUGAUGAUCGUAUAGGCUAAGCAUGGGCAUGACUCGUCUGCUGCACUCUGUACUCACCCAGCGGAAUUGCCAGCAAAAUUGCCAUGAAUGGUACUACGUCAUCCGCACAUAUGUAGUGUAUUGACCUUAUGUCGACUUUUACCCCUGAAGGCUAUGACAGCGUGUGCCGCACUAGCUAAAAUCUGCACCGAGAUUCAUUGUCGCAUGUCGCCCGACUGUUUUUGAUUACAUCAAGACAAGAAGGAACGGCUAUUGAUCUAUCUAGGGGCGACUACUUAUUAAACACCGCCACAACAUAAGUAGUCACAUGCAGGUUGU